CGUGUCUCUUUAAAACCGCGCUAAACUUCGUUCACUCUUAUACUCGUACGUUUUUAUGCAUGCCUGACUUAUAGCUGAUUUUUCAAUCGUCGGAUAACUUUUAAGUGAAGAAUAAGUUUGGCACAUGUCAGUUUUUCUUCAGUUAAAAGAUAUCUGACAAUUGAAAAAUCAGCCCUUAAUGAAAUAUUUGCUGGUAAAGAAUCAAAAUGUUUUUUAUCUCAGAUGUUUUGUUGUUAAAAAUAUCCGUUGGUGAUCACUGAUCAGUGAAGAACUUUAACCAGUGAAGUGAUUGGAAUCAAUGAACAGACGGAACUUGUCAUCUUUGAACUGUCAUCAUUCGUGGUAACAAUUAAAAGUUGCAACAAUAUGGAUAAAAUUAAAAGUCGUUUCCGUUCCGAAAAUUGGACUCGAGAAGAAAAGGACUUACUCCUAGAAUUAAUGCGGGACUCAUCCCAUAUUGUCGAUAAUAAGCAAACCGACACAGAUACUAACAGACGCAAACACUUGGAAUGGUUGAAGAUACAAAACAGUUUAGCUGAAAUGACUGGAAAGAUACGGGAUGUUCCUCAACUAAAGGGACGUUGGAGGAGAAUGAAAAUGGAUGCAAAGAAUAAUAUUUUGCAAAAUGAAAAAUCUGAAAGGCUGACUAAUGAAGGAAACAGCUCACAAUCUUCUUCAGAGGAUGAUUUUUUAUGCACGUCGCGAAUGGAUCAUGUUGAAAGCGAACAAAAUAUAGAGGAAAAUCAAGGGAAUGAUCAUUUAACGAAAAUUCAUGACUUCAAGCGUCGUAAGACUGAAACCAGUCAUAGAAGCAUGGUUUUGGCGGGUAACAUUGACUUAAAAAACUAUACAAAAACACUUAUGAAGGAAGAGCAUGAGCUGAAGAUGGAAUAUCAUAAGUUAGAAUUAAGCCACCAACAGGCGCGCCAUAAAUUGGAAAUGGAUAUUUUAUUAUUAGAGAAGGAGAAAAAAGAGUUGGAAGUAAAAUUAUUAAAAGACAGAUUAAAAGAAUAAAAAUCUUGAUAAAUAA